UCAAGGACAACAAGGGCUACGACGACGACGACGAAGCCGGUUGCGGUUAUGAUGGCGACGGCGAGCAUGUCAAUGAGCCACAUGCGGGGGAAAUGUCAGCUUCAAAGUUUGCCGUGCCGGUCAUCAUCACUUGGGAACAGCCUGCAUGAUGAGGCCACUUUCAGGGAAUUGUCGAUGACUGCACCUCAAAUGAUGAUGAUGAUGAUGAUGAUGGGUAGGGGUAGGGGUAGGGGUAGGGGUAUGAGUAUGGACCUUACGGGAUCCUCACUACCAAGGUUGUUUUCAGAAACACGCUUUUCUUGCUCGCAACAGAGCACUUCUUUUCCCAUUAGUGCUUUUCCAUGGGUGGAUGAUCAUCAUCAAUAUCAUCAUCGGAAGGUGGACAGGUUCGCAGCGCAGAGCCUCGCUGCUGGUGGCCGCCACCUGCCGGAGGUGUUAAUUUCGUCCUUGCGAUGGCGAAGAGCCCCUCGGUCGCCAGAGCUCCCCAUGGGACAUCACCAGCAAUGCAUCGUGGGAGGAGCAGGAGGAGAAAUGCAUCCGAUAAGGGCCUCUGGUUCUAUUGACGUCCUGACGAUGUCUCCUGAUCAUGCCAAGCUUGCUGAUGUUGACAAGAGCAACUGGAAGAUUCCUCCUCCGUCUCACCCAUGUUACGACAUCCGAGAAGUCAUUCGGCAGGCACUCGCUGAAGACUUAGGGGACAUAGGGGAUGUGACAUGUAAUGCAACGAUUCCUGCGGAGGUGCGUGCUGAGGCAAAAUUUCUUUCAAAAGCAAAUGGGGUGCUGSCAGGCCUUGCUGUGGCGGAAAUGGUCUUCAACGAGGUGGACCCUGAGCUUGAGAUAUGUUGGACUCUAAAUGACGGUGAUUCAGUGACCAAAGGAACAGUGUUUGGGGUCAUUACAGGUAGGGCAAAGAGUAUUCUGAUGGGGGAACGAUUGGCGCUCAACUUUAUGCAGCGAAUGAGUGGCAUUGCAACUGCAACAAAGGAAAUGGCAGAGGCUGCACAACCUGCUCGCAUUCUCGAAACCAGAAAGACAGUGCCAGGCCUACGACUCCUCGACAAAUGGGCUGUGCGGAUUGGAGGCGGAGAGAAUCACCGCAUGGGACUCUUCGACAUGGUGAUGAUCAAGGACAACCAUAUUGCAGCUGCAGGGGGUAUUCCUCAAGCUGUUGCUGCCACCAGGGAUUAUCUCAUCAAGCACAACCUCGAUAUGGAAGUGGAGGUCGAAGCCCGUACACUGGAAGAGGUCGAGCAGGUGCUGGAAUGCAGAGGUGAUGGGAGAGGGAGGGUGACAAGAAUCAUGUUGGAUAAUAUGGUUGUGAAAUUACCUGAUGGGAGAGUCGACACAUCAAUGCUCAAGGAAGCUGUGCAGAAGAUAGCAGGGUCUGGCUUAGAAACUGAGGCUUCGGGAAAUGUGACUUUGGAGACUGUGACAGACAUCGGUGCAACUGGGGUCACUUUUAUCUCCAGUGGAGCUCUGACACACUCAGUCAAAGCUCUGGACAUCUCGCUUAACAUUGAUACGGACCUGGCCCUGGCCGUCGGGAAGCGCACACUUCGAGCUUGACAUCAUUUGAAUGUGCAGCAACCUGGCGCUGCCGAGGUUGGCUCUUCGGGACUUUUUUUCCCCCCUUCCCCCUGCCGUUGGAGUCGCUGAAUGUGUUGCAUUAACUUGCAUAUUCCUAAGCUCGCCCUUGUUUCUACGCAUGUGUGGCCAUCGAUCUCGGUCGCCAACUUUGUUUUUUUGCAAGUGCCCACGUGUGCUGUUGUCGUCAUGGACGCUGUCUGAGGUACUUGCUGUUGAGGAGCACACGGAUCGAACCCGACGAAUCAAGGAGCGCAGAGUAUAACAAUGUGAUUACGGGAACUUUUGCCCGGAAAUUUGUCAUCAUCAGCGUACACCCUCAGUGGACCAGGGUUCAGCGGUCCGAGGCCAGUGACUGCGAUUAAGAUCGCCAAGACGCAAGAACUAUGGCCCAGUGGCUGAGUUUGUACUCUGAGCACUGUGUUCAUAGCAAGUUCGUCGUCAAUGUACAGUCAAGGAGGUACCGACCUGUUGCUUGGGAAUGGCAAAGCUGCUGAAUAGAACUUGGGGUCCUUAUGUAUGUAUGUAUGUGCUGAAAAGGCAAGGCCCCUGUGCAAGGACGACGCAAAUCAAUCGAGAAAUGGUCCAAAUUACAAAAAGGCAAGAAAAGAAAAGAACUUGGCAAAGCCACAGCCUUAGCGGAUUUGGGAAUGUGCAAAGCUUCAAGGAAUGUUGUUGAAAUUCUUGUGAUUGGGCUGCUGCCCGGAAUAGAACUUGGGGUCAAAAAGUUCUGUCUUGGGAAGUCGCAAGGCUUCGAGGGAUGUGGAGGACGCUGUUGAGCUCCUGGUGGCUGAUAUCUGUAUUUGACCAUAAAUUUGGCCUCAAUACAGACCAUUACAGAUAUAAUUAUGCUUCUGUGCAGGACAAGAGGGUAGGGCACUGAUUUGAACUAAAGUCUGUGGUCUUCAGCGUACUGCCAUCCUGCUCACACGGUCAUGGUCGCCGAGAUCCAGGGUGAUGCGUAGGCAGCUUGGCAUGCCAGUUACAAGAGUUUUUUUCUCUACCAGGGUAAUUGUUGCCUGUUGCUAGUUAACUGGGAAGUUGGAUGUUUAGGUUUUUUUUUUUUUUUUUCCCCUCAGAUGGUUAGUUUGUUAGCGAGCUGGUUAGUGCGUUUGUUAACAUAGCUGCUGCUAAUCACAUGCAAAUAGGUGGUGGUCGCAAGGUUAGGUUCUUUUUGUACGUUCCAUAGAAUUGCUGCAUGUAUAGGUGCUUGCUUGUCCGGCUUUCGUCUUUCACCAGGUCGCUGGAUAUACAGAUCAUGGAAAGGAUGAAGAAGUGGAGAAGCUAUCAGAGCAUAUUCGUCAGGCUUCCAGUGUUUGGUAAGUGUUUUGAAUUUUCUAUGGUUUUUUUUUUUUGUUUUGUUUUUUUAACACGAGAAGUUGUUUGAAUUGAUUUGAACGUCGAAAUUUAAAGUUGAGAGAAGGUGCAUACGGUGUCGGGUGAUCCUUCUUGAGUCAGGUAGAAUUCAAUCUUUCUAGAAUGUUGUUUCUUAUGGUGCUCCGCUUUCUCGCGUGUGUUUGUCUUCUGUUAUUGCAGCGAAUGUUUCUGCCUCAGAUUUGGCAAGUUCCCCCUCUUUUUAUUUCUUAACUGAGAAGAAGCUCAUAAUUCUCAACUGCUUGUGGUCCCAGACCGAGCCUUGGAAUGAUUGUCUGCUCCGUUCUUGGCCUAAACACGCU